AUGAUUGGAUUAAGAAGUAGUUCCACCCUCAUAUCCAGGGAAUACUCACCAUUACUCCGUACAUCAUCAUCCCAUAUCAAUCGUCAUAUCCUUCCAUCCUCCACAAUCAUCAAUCCAAUUAGAACUUAUGCCAAAAAGAAGAAAGAUGGAGCUGUUGCCGAUAUUUCACAAAUCCCACUUUCAUAUCUUGGAGUCAUGGCUGAUUUCUAUGUCCCACCUAAAUUAACUGAUCAUCCAAUUUCAAAAUGGCCUCGUCUUUUAUUACGUAGAUUAGGAAUGUUUGCUUAUAAUACUUAUAAUAUUGUUAAAUUUAAACAAGAAUCAGGAAUUUCAUUACAAUUUAAUAAAUGGAAAGAUGAUUCAAUUGAAACAUUUGUUAAAGUAAAUAAAACAUUUUCAAAUGCUUGUAAUUUACCUUUGGAAAGAAAGAAUCGUGAAAAAUUUAUCUUUUCAAAAUUACAACAUAAUGUUGGUCAAAGUACCAUGCAAGCUUUAUGUCAAAGAGUGACCAGUUUCCCAGAAGGUAGUCAUAUUAAAUGGGAAUUGGUUGAAAUCAUUGGGAAUCCAAAAGUUGUAUCAUUUAAUGUGAUUCCUGAUUCUAAUAAUAUUUUGGUUUAUGUUCAAUUUAUUAUGAAAUUACAUACAAAACAAAAAGUAGCAAUUUCAAGAAUUGCUUCUGGUGGUGAAGUUGGGAAAGAUGUUCAAGUUAAAGAAACUGAAAGUAUUGAUUAUUUGGUAUUUAGUUUAAAUCCAACAACUGAUGAAAUCUAUUUAGCUGGGAAAGUAUUUGAAAGUGAUGGAGAUAGAAAGAUUCAACCUGAUGCAAUUACAAUGACUCCAAAGAAGAUGAAAGAAUUGACAACUCUCUUUGGUGAUAUUUAUCGUAAUGAUCCAAAUAAGAUUGAAUAG